CUACUGAACAGUACUGGCAUACAGAAAGUAAAGUGUAAACUUUAUUUACGUUUGUUUUUAUUAUUUUAGAAAUCUUUCCAGAACCUAUAAAUAUUAUAUUGAUUCUUAAACUGAAGUUUAUUUCGUUAACAAAUGAAGAUGACAAGUACAUUAUUGAAACUUGCUGUUACUGUGGCAGUUGUAGUCGUCAGUGGUUGUAUGGCGAGCCCAGUCCCUGCAGAUGACGUUGGCUGCUUCGCUGCACGAAACGCUGUGUUCUUGGACAUUCGUCGACUUUUACGAGGAGAGUGGCCAUAUUGUGACGAAGGUGGUCUCUGGAAGAAUGUGCAGUGCGGUAUUAACUCCUGCUACUGCGCAUACGUUGAUACGGGAGCUCAGAUUCAAAACCUCAACCUGCGUACGUUGUAUUACUCAUAUGAUCAACUCAUGGGGAUGUGCCCGAUCCGUUUCCAGGCGAAUCGAGACGAUGCUUGCCGAGUUCCUCACCUGAACUAUCCAUGCAACACCUCGGCACCAAAGUACAUUUACAACCAAGAAAGUGGUGAAUGCGAAGAAACGCCUUCAUCCAGAUGUUACGGUUUCAUGAGCCUUUCAGAAUGUCAGAGUCAAUGUGCGCCCGUUGUGCACGAUCGUUGCUCCCACCCGUACGACAUCGGCCACAGUUGUUCAGACCACACCCCGACUGGUCGUUAUUUUCACAACCCUUCAAUGAACCGUUGUGAAUUGUUCUACUACGUUGGAUGCGGGGGAAAUACAAACAACUACCGAACUCUGAUUGAGUGCGAAAGAACUUGCUUGCCACAACCGAUAGUCACAAUAACUGUACAAGUCGAAGGAAGAAACACACACAGCUUGGAGGUGCCAUCCUGGGUAUUGGACGAUUACAGCUUAGUUUCUGAUAACGUCAACCAAAUAUCUCAAGUAAUAAUGGAUCGGGUUCGACUUGUUGCAAGAAACCAAACAUUGGUCCAAGCUUACGUUGAAGCUACCACUGCCACUGAGGAAGGACGACUUCUUGAGAUCGGAAGACCUCUUCCACCAAUUGAGGCUAAAUCACCUGAAGAACAAAUCAGACAAGUUCUCGGACCUGAAGUUGUGUGUUUCCAACCUGAUCAAACUGGACCAUGCAGAGCACUUUUCCGAAGAUGGCAUUUCAACUCCGAACGUGGUGUUUGCGAGCGUUUGGUCUACGGAGGCUGCGACCCUAAUGGCAACAAUUUCUUAGAAGAGCAAGAUUGUUUUGAGUAUUGUCGAGCAUAUGCCCUUCCCAUUACUUCUUACGUUGACUCGCGGGCUCAUAAUUCCGAACCACAAGAAGAUGUUGAUGGACAGGUCGUUUACAGACUGCCUGAAGUCCCCAGCACCACCCCAGAAGAAACAACACCAAGUCCUACUAUUGGUGUUUAAUGCGUUGUAAAACUUUGAAGAUAUUGGUAGUAAUUCAAACGUGCACUGUUCUUGGCAUAAGCGCCGCCAGACCGCACUUCGCGCUUUUCCAGCGCCGUGUCUUCAAUAUUUAAUGACGGGAAUCCAUUAAUUCGAAAACGCUGCUUUGCUGUUUGGAUAUUUAUUGCUUAAGCUUUUUACAGCGAUUUUUAGUUUUUUGGUAUAAAUCUGUCGAUUUUUAUAUAAAUUGUAUGAAAAUAGAUGCGGUGAAGUUUUAAUACUCUAUGCUUCCAUCGUGACUUUUAUGUUUUUAUUCAUAAUCGUACUUUUAUCAGUGUUUAAAUAGCACGUUGCUUUCCUUUUACAUUGCGUCUUUUUCGCCAAUAAAGUACUUAAAAUGAACAUAGAAA